AUGGGAUUUUUGAGUGGUGUUCUCAGUAACAUCAAAGGCCAUUUAGGGCAGCAUAAAAAUGAAAUUAAUGAUGCAAUUGAAGCUUUGAAGACCAAUAAACACGGCGGCAAAAAAGGUUUUAAUGUCGCGAUUGGAAAGGUGGUCGCAGGGGUGCGGGGGUAUAAUGAUGCUGUCAUGAAGUCGAAUAAAAAGGUGAGUGAUGUAUUAACAAAAAUGCAGAAAGAUGCAGAUAAAUAUUCAGCAGAAAGAUUAGAAAAAUUGUUGCCUCCACGAAAUGCGGAUGACCCCGUGAAAAUUGUUAAUCUCAUCGUAGCCGCCGACCAGACAGUGGAAGAAUGUCUAAAAGAAGCCGACAAAUUCAACAACGCUUUAGAUAUGAAAAACAAUGCGGAGGAAUUAAGAAACGCAAUUAGAGACUUAAAUCCUAAUUUGAGUACUAAAAUAGAGAACGUGCGUGAAAAUAUUAAGCAUGAACGUGAAGGACUGAACAAGUUGGCAGGACAUGAAAAGAAUGAUUUACAGAGUAUGGAAGCAAAAAUUAAAACAAAGCUUCACGACGUCAAAUGUAAGGUAAAUGAGCAUAUUAAAAAAAAGGUUAAGCAACUGGUGGAGAGGCUGAAGGAAAAGGUUCGUGAAAUUAGAGCAAAACUUGUUGACAUUGAAGACAAGUUGGCGCAGUACGUCAAGGAACUUGAGAGCUGGAUGAAAGAGGCCAAGAAAGUCAUCGAUACCUUAUUGACAACGGUAGACAAAAUUAAAAAGGAAGUCGAUGGUGAUGCAGCGACCAAAAAUCUGCCACAACUUCAGGCCGCGAUUAAAAAAAUCGGAGAAGAACUUGGACAUCGGGUUGGCGAUUUGGACACUUGGAAGGGUAAGGCGGAGGGUGUGCUGAGCGAAGCUAUUACGAAGACGACGGAAGUGCAUGAUGAUUUGGAGCCGAAGGAAAACAAAAGGGAUGCACGUGAUAAAACGCAAAUUGGUAAAGCCUUAGAUGGAAUUACAAGUGCUAAUACACAGAUUGGCGUAAUAAAAAAAAGUCUCCAAGAUGAAGUUGCUAAUUUGGAUAAGUGGAAGACGGAGGCAGGAGAUAUUAUUGGCAAGGCCGAGCGUAAAUGUAAAAAAAUACUUGCAGACGUUGAUACGAAUGGCUCAACAAUUAGGGAAAAAGCAAAGCUCUUACAAGAUUUGGCUGGUAAACUUUUAACGGCUUACAGCUCAGCAUAUACUAAAAUUAAGAGGUUGCCAGGUGAACUGAAAUCGAUGCUAUCUAAACUCGAAGAGGUAUAUCAGCAUAAAUUAAAAGAUGUACAUAACAAGGUGAUCAGUGCUAUUGGCGAAGAAACAGCCCCGGGGAAAGCGACUGGCAUUUUGGACGUUCUUAACAGGUUGGAUGAGCAUGUUAAAAAUGAUCUGGUUAGUCUUAGGGGUAGGAUUAAAAAUGAAGUAAUUGAUGCAUACGUCAAGAUGAUGAAGGAAAUACAGAUUACCAGUAAUAACGGCGCCGGUACUAUUACGCUGAAUGUGCCCAGAAGAGAUGGGGAGGGGAAGCCUCAGGGCCAGACGCCGGUAACUCUUAGCGUUGCUGUUGCUGGAAGAAUUGCUGACGGUCUAAAUGGUAAUAAUUCACCCAUUGCGAAGUGGCUUAAUCAGGCUGCAAGUGGACUGCAGAAUAGUAUAAUUCCAGACUUCAAGUACAAAUAUCUCUGGACAGACAAAAAUCCACUUGACAAUGUUGAUGCACUCGUCAAGAUUCUUCGAACUGGACUAAAAAAUCAUGAGAAUAAAUCAAUCAUCGACGCUAUUGGCGACAGUUUGAACGAAGAACUUCAACAGUUGAUCAAGGACAAAGAAAGCAUACAUUUGAAAACAGCAACUGAAUCUCCCGACAAUGCUCUCAUGCCAGAAUAUAAAGCAUCGACAACACGCACUCCUACUGAAGGAGAGCUUAGAGCGGCCAUAAAAGAUAUUAAAAGCCACGUUCAAUACAUGAAGCGUGAUAGUCCAACCGAUGUCGACGUUGAAAGCUUUCAAGGUUACAACUCUGCGCAUACAUCUCUCAACAUCCAAAGCGAGAAAGGUGCUAGAGGCGAUAUUACACAAAAGAUUGCCGAAGUGGACAACGCUUUGUCAGACUUCAAGGCGGGUGAUCAUGUGGACCAACACGGCCAUGGAGCCGUGAGUGAAACCAAAAAGAAAAUUACUUCAGCAUUCAGAGUGAUUGAAAAUGAGCUCGAAUGGCUGACUAAACUUGUUAGUGAUGAGAGCGGUGGAGAUGCAUAUUCAAACAAUGACAAUAAAGGUGUCAAGGUGUAUCUCGGGCAGCUGCAAAAGGGACUCGAAAGUGAACAGAUUCCGUAUGCGUUCGCUAAAGGGCUAAAAAUCAUUCAUGACUCGCUUCACCGUUUGCAAGGCGAAACUCUGCCUCCGCAAAUAUCUGCCAUCCAAGUGGCCGUUGAAUCAAUUACAUCAGUUAUUACUAAGCUGAGAUCAACAUUAAGUGGUCAGGUCACAACGAAGUUGGAAGCGUUAAGAACGCAUGGCCUUAAUGAUGGCGACGCACCGUGGACAGCUGACGGUCAACCAACCAAAGGUCUCAUGACAAUCAAGGCGGAAAUCGAAAAAAUUAAAUCCACCAACGUACCCGGUGUUGAAACCAAACUAAAAGACCUCUGCACAGCAAUUCGAUCCAUUUGCAGAGACGCCAAGGAAUACUUGGAAGGUAUGAAAAAUGGCAGAAUCGAUGUUGAACUGAAAAAAAUUAGAGAUGAUAUCCACAAACUCCGAACAAAUAACUUGGACAACGCGAUCAAACAAACUGACACAUUCCUCACGCAAUUUGCCGACAAAGCCGGAGAACAAAUCGUCAAAGAUCUCGAACAGGACGCGAACAUUGAAGUGACACAAGCCGAAACUGAUAUCAUUCAUGAAUUACGUAAAAGGUAUAUCGCCUUUAUCAAAUUGCUGCUCGCAGACUUCUCCACUAAAUGCAAGAGUGAGCUCAAUGGGCUUCCCGCCGCAAUAACGGCGGACGCCGACAAGGGUGCGAAAGGCUUUAUGAAGCAAUUCGAAGAUAAGUUCAUUAAGGACGAUAAAUGUAUCGAGGGCAUCAAGAAAAUCGAGGCUACAUCACCCGCACAAAAACAAUCUCCGCUGACUCAGGCUGCCGGAAAGCUAAAUCACGCAGUAAGACGCUUUUUCAACUAUUAUCACAAACAAGCGGAUUUCGCUUCCGACUUCACCAAACUCAAGCCGACUAAGGAUGCCCUUCACACUUUGCUUGACGGCAUACGCGAGUCGCAGCGCUUCGACUACCAAUUUCGUCAGAAUCUGGAUUCAUUUAACGACGUUAUUGGCAAACUCGCUCCUCAACAAUUUGGCGUCUCCUCCACGUCGAUGCUGCAAUCUCUCAAGGAAGGCUUUACCGCCCUAGUCACUGCGCUCGACAAGGCCUACAUCUCGACCUACGACAGUGAGACGUUUGGCGGUGAGAUGUUUGAGAGACAGAAAUUAACGCCGUAUGGCGCAAAAUUCGCCAAAAUAUGCCUCACCGUGGUCUGCACCCUAAAGGCCACGUUGACCGACUUGACGCACAAUUGCAAGAGUCUACGUGGACAGCAAAUUAAUAAGUCCACCGACGUGGGAAGAUCGUUUGUCGCCCACGGCUACGCGGUCUCCGAUGCUACGCUGCAGAACGGUGAGUUGCAAAACAAACCGACAGUGGCGGGGGAGAACGUUGCUAAGCGGCUGCUGCUAGCAAUUAGCGGUGCCACAGACAACGCACAUCUUAGAUGGUGUGAAUCGAACAAGCAGAGAAAAGACAAUCACUUCCACGUCUUCGACGCCAUUGACUGCAUAUUCAGCCACUUCGAGCAGUACAACGAACUCUGCCACCUGCUCACGGCAUCAUCGAGGCAACAUCCGUGCUCCGUGUACGACAUAUUAAUCUGGCUCAGCGGUUUCCCGUACACUGCAGUAUAUGCUACGAUGCGUGAUAUCACCAUCAGUGACCUAUUUGACAACCCGCAUAAGAAGGCGGCAGGCGACGACGAACUUGAGCUCACAUCGACUGACAUGGCAGCCCAAUCCAUAACAGCACACCCCCGGAACAUAUCGUAUAACUACGUACGUAAAGCCGUGGAACACAUCUGUGCAACGUCGUAUGACGUAUUGACUGCCGUUGUCGGCACUGGCGACUCCAGGACCGUCUACGCCUCCGACUUCUGCAACAACUCAUUCAACUUCCAUUACCCAUCCGAUCCGUCGGACUGCAUGGACAUGCUGCUGGACCUACUGCGCCGAUUGUUGCCCGUGUUCCGGUUCUUGGAACUGCAGUGUAACAUCAAGCCCGAACACCACGGCUGGUCACAGUGCCGCUACGGGAGGGACAUCCCUACAACGAAAUCGCAGUGUAACGAGCACUCAAACGAAGAACCAAACGGCCAACCAAAGUGCCAAGUAAACUGUCAACCAACGUCCCCGCUAAUGUUAUACCUCAGUGACAGCCUCCCUGGCCAUCUGCCGCACCAACUGCAGUCAGUGGGAUGCAGGGCGAAAUGCAGCACCUGCUCCAAGAGCGCUCCAGGGCAACCGUGCCUGCUUCCUCUCGGAUUCAAGGGCUUCUCAGGAAGCACCAAAACGGGCAGACAGUUGCGUGACGCAAUCAAGAUCUUCAUCGGUACAGGCUUAAUAUCCUCACUGAUGUGCCUUCUGCCGAAGCCACCAUCGACGCUGCCCGAGCACUUCCAGUUUGUAUUCACGUUGGUUGGUGCGUUUAAUGCUAACAGAGAUGUCAACUCAAAUGCUGUCCACGCUGCGUUUGUGAAGGCAAUAAGGAAGCAGUCCAUCGACUUGUAUGCGGAGCCAUCAGAACUCACAGGUGCGCUUCAGAAGGCUUAUAACAGCAACAAGCAGCACGACGGUACGGAGCAUCCCAAAGCUUCAGACGCCGACUUGUCAACAUUGUCUAAAGCAAAAACAUGUAAUUAUCCGAACAAGGAUGUUCACUGCGCUCCGUACCUGUCCACGUUGCACAGUGAUGCAUACCACUACGCCGCCGAGAAGCACGCCGGUCUCUACCUGUCAUGGGCAGUGUACUUACCGUGGUCGUUCUGGCAGUGUCUUGAAUCUUUGUUCAGGGCGUUUACCAAUAUAUCCUGCCAGGAUUGGGCAUGUCGUCGCUGUACGCACGGCACGGCUUGUAAACGGGGUAAGCAUGGCGCUGCCUAUAAUUGCCAGUGCAAAGGCCUAGUUGAAUGCCGCGGUGUCAUAAGCACGUUGUAUAGUUUCGGAUUCACGUUCGGCAAUCCAGCAACGCUUUCAGCUGCAGAGGGAAAAAGGUAUUGCCACAAUUUCCACCGACAACUCCACAAUGUAUUAAAUUCCAACUACUUCAGAACGCUGUUCGAAAAGUGCGACGAAUUCAUUUUCACCAUCCGCGGACCGUUCCUGUGGAUGACCGUCGCACUCUGGUCACUGUCCCUCUUCUACCUCGUCUGCGUCAUGGUUGGCAGACUGGAUGUGCUCCACAUCCGCUCACACCUGAGGAUACCUUCGUCGCACAAGAUAACAGCGCAAUCAUUGUUGGCGGCGGCGCAAGUCGGAAGGCUUGCCAAGAUAUCGUAUCUACAGCCGUGA